GCGCGCGUUCAGGUGCCGGCGUGACAGUUAUUGUUCCUCUUGUCCUUUCGCUGUCGUCUUAUCGCGGCGGUCCGUUCCAUAUUAUAUAUUUUUUGUAUUUUUUACAUAAUUAUUGAAGUUAUUGCAACAACGAUAAUCUACAAUCGCUUUGUCACAGCACUUCAAACGAUCCGAACGACACCCAAAAUUUUCGUCCGUGGAUCACGGAUUCACGGUGUCGCGAUUUUUUUUUUGUUGAAUUUUAUCCUUAACCGUUCGAUAAGCUCGAAUUCGUUUGACGGUGUUGGUGAUUUACGGGUUUCAAAAUCGAAUCCUACACGUCUAUACUAAGAACCGUUUUUAAAAUAAAACCGUUUGUCGGCCUGGUUUUUUAUACUCAGAGGUCGUCAACAAACGGAUUAUCCUCCAACUCUCGGGUGCUGAGACUCCCGAAGUAAUCAUGAUUAAAGUGGACGAAUCAGAUCCAAUAGGAGAACUAGAACCUAGUUUUCCUUACAAAGAUAUUACAAUUCGUAGAGGAGUAGAUAUGAAAGAACACUAUGAACUACAAUCAGAAAUUGGACGGGGGAAGUUUGGUACGGUGUUCAAAUGUCGAGAAAAAGCUACGAGUCUUAUGUUGGCUGCUAAAUUCGUCGGCAUUGUUCAUAAACAAGAUCGUCGAAACGUAGAAAGAGAAGUAGAAAUAAUGUGUGAACUUCAACAUCCCAGAUUAAUACAACUAUACGACGCUUUUGAAGCAAAUAAUGCAAUGUGCUUCAUUUUAGAAUUAGUCGAGGGAGGUGAAUUAUUUGAACGAGUAAUUGGUGAUGAUUUUGUAUUGACUGAAAAAGCUGUAACGAUAUUUAUGCGACAGAUCUGUGAGGGAGUGCAGUUUAUUCACUCGAAAAAUAUACUCCAUCUUGACCUCAAGCCAGAAAACAUACUGUGCUUAACUAAAACUGGAAAUCGUAUUAAAAUCAUUGAUUUUGGUUUGGCCAGAAAAUUCAAUCCAGAAAAUAAACUCCAAGUGUUAUUUGGUACACCAGAAUUUGUAGCCCCUGAGGUAGUAAACUUCGAUGCUAUCGGAUUUGGAACAGACAUGUGGUCUGUCGGGGUAAUAUGUUAUGUUUUAUUAUCGGGUCUAUCGCCUUUUAUGGGAGAAACUGACGUGGAAACUAUGGCCAACGUAACAAUUGCUCAAUAUGAUUUUGAUGAUGAAGCAUUCGAUUCCAUAUCUAAUGACGCAAAAGAUUUUAUCAAAAAGCUUCUUGUCAAAGAUCACAAGAGCCGUCUGACUGCCACUGAGUGCUUAUCGCACCGAUGGAUGCAAAAGAAGAAACCGAAGAAAAUGGUACGAAAAAGUUCGAGCAAAAAAUUGGUGAAACAAACCGAAGAAAAUACAAUACAAGCACCAGCAGUGGCGAUGAUAGAGACUACAACAUGCACCGGACAAGACUCGUUACUGUUGCCUUUGGAUACGAGCAAAGAGAACUUGAAAGAGUUAUGCAGCAAGUCGCGAAGCCAAUCUCCGUUGGAGAUUACCGCCGUAUCACCAACUGUUGUUCUACAAAAGGACAGUGAAUCGUCAAAAACGUGUGGAAACGAUGAAGAUAUAUCUACAACCGCCGAAAUCGCCACAAGCAAAUCUAUGGUGCCGGCGCCAGUACCGCGAGACACGAACCCCACCUCCAGCGUACCCCAGCACACAACUGUUAUAACUUCUGGUGUACCACAGAACCCGGAUGCUACAUCUUCCGGCAUACCGCAAAACACGACUGUUACAACUUCCAGCAUACCGCAAAACACGAAUAACACGACUUCUGGAAUGUCUUCUUCAGCGGCCAUCGACAUAACACCGGCGUUAGAUAUCAUGCAAGGCGGUGCAGACAGACAGCGGAUGUCGACGACCACCUGGUCGCAGACAACUUUCCGAACGAUGACGAACUGCAGCAAUAAUUACCGACGGGCGUCAGACGUGUCGUAUACGUUUUCGAACUUCCGGACGUCUUCGGCGGCGGCUGUGUCGUCCAAUUUCCUGGGACAGGAGCUACGAGACUUGCAGACAAUGAUGUUGGGAGACCGGCCGGAAGCACUUCAGAAGGACGGCGCGAGCGGCUCCGGAAGCAGCUUGCAUAAGCUGUUGCUGAAUAGGCAGCACUUGACUGCGGCAGUUGCGGACCGGAAGCCCAAGUUCAAGUUCUCGUCGAUGAAUCGCGACGUGCCGGCGGGGUCCCCGCCACCCGUCAGCAACUUGUUGUAUUAUAUGACCGCGGCGGCAGCGGCAGCGUCGUCGUCGUCAUCGGCAUCGUCGUCGUGCCGGUCCGCGCCACACAGCAAGCGCGCCUCCCCCGAACACGAAUUGACCUCCGCCAGAGAAAUGUUGCUCAAAUUGUUCUACGGUGGCAGUGACACCGUGGCCGAACCCAAUUUGUCCACUUGAUACUCCCCCUCCCUGCAAGUAUAUACCAUAAUAAAUACAGUUAAACGUAAAUAAUAUGUAUGUGUGAUUUAUUGUAUACAUAUUAUAUAUAUGUGUGUGUGUGUGUGUGUGUGUGUGAUUUAUUAUAUACCUUUAUCACAAAUUAAUAAUAUGUAAAUGUUUAUCGAUAAAUCUCCGAAAUGUGUUAUAUUAUUUAUAUUAUAUAAUGUUACUGAGGGUGUAAGUACAAGUUCCCGCUCUGCAUCCCUAACAACACACUCUAUAGGCCCUUAAUAAUAUAUAAUACUGCUGGAAACCCGACAGUUCCGCGUGUUAUCGAUCAUCAUCACACAUCAUGGAAAUAUUUUAUUUUACGUACCUAUUUUCUUUUUUUAUAUAUACAAAAUGUACAUACCCGCUGUACACUAUAAUAUUUUAUAUAAUAACCCUAUUCUAUAUUUUAUAUCUAGUGUAUGAUAUAUAUACGUAUAUACUUUCUCGUUUGAACUUAAAAGCACUGGCAACGUUGUACUUCCGACUGGAUUUCGUUAUAUAGGUACACACACACUCACACCACGCUAUUAACUCAAAUUUAUAGUUACCAAUUCUUUUUUAAUACCGUGUUAUUAAUAUAUAAUAUAAUAUACGGUGCUUUCCGUGAUACGACUCCAGUAUUUGUAAUUUAAUUCCCCGUGCGAAAAGUUGUUUUUAUUGUCGAGACACAAUGUACUUAAUUAGGUAUAUUAUACUGUGUUUUAUGUUCUGAUUCUCUAAUUUUUAAAAGAAAUUUUUUUUUUAUUGUUUAUAUUAUUUAUCUAUAUACUUUGUACAACCACUAGUUUUGUUAUUUAUUUUUACUAUAGUUGCGUUUUGAUUUAUAUAUUAUUAUUUAUUAUAGGAUUAUACCAAAGUAGUAAUUGCGUUUUAGUUUUAAUCGUGCCUAUAGAUUUUGUUAUACAAAUGACCAAAAGUCCGUAGUAAAAAAAAAAAAUGUGUCAAUUACUUAUUACUUCAUAAUACACAAUAAUGAUUAUGAAAAAAAACGUUGGCUCAAUUUAAGAUUAAUUAAAUGUUAAUAGUUUUAAUCGU